CAGAAUUACCGAUUCAUUUUGUCUGUGGAAAGCGAAGCAGAAAGAUGGAGGGUCAUGGGCCUGAGAUAUUAUUAACUCUUAUGAAGACCCAAAACGGCAUCGAAAGAUAAAUCAGGCUUGCUGUGUUAUUAAUAAAUAUUACUUGAGGUCGUAUUUAAUCGAAUCGUGACGAUGGAUAACACAGAACAAGAUGAAAAGCUGAGAAAUAAGUUGGCAUUGAGUCGCCUGAGCUCGCAACUCAGGAACAUGGCGCAGAUAUCCGCUACUAGCCCGAGCAUUUCGAGCUCAUCUGAAGAAAGUGAUGAUCUAAGUGAAGAUGAAGGAGAACAUUCAGGGAUUGAUUGCUUGAUAUCUGGGAAAAAGCAAGACUUAGCAUCAACCUGCCGACUGCUUUUGUCAGAUGAUGAAGAGAUAAACAGAGAUUUAUCAAACCUAACCCUUGUUGCACCUGAAACACAGGCACGACUAGAAGCAUUAUUGGAAGUUGCAGGUGUUGCUGCAGAUGGGAAAGCGUUCACCGACCCAGAGGUUCUAAGGAGGCUAACAUCAUCUGUAAGCAGUGCUCUGGAUGAAGCUGCUGCUGCCCUUACAAGAAUGCGAUCACAGGCUGGAGUUCCAGCUCCUAAUCACAUCCAUGAUCAAGGUACAAGAAGUUUAGUUGAAGCAUGUAUCGAAGGAGACAUUGCCGCCGUUCGCAAGUUACUUGAUGAAGGAAGAAGUGUCCAUGAACCAACCGAUGAAGGAGAAAGUUUACUGUCGCUAGCUUGCUCUGCAGGCUAUUUUGAGUUGGUUCAAGUUCUUUUGGCAAUGAACGCAAAUGUUGAGGACCGAGGGAGUAAAGGAGAUUGCACGCCCCUAAUGGAGGCUGCUAGUGGUGGAUUUGGUGAUAUUGUGCGGUUGCUGUUGCAAAAUCACGCUAACAUCAAUGCACAGUCUUCUUCAGGAAACACAGCUCUACACUAUGCAUCUUGUGGUGGAUACGAGGAUGUCGUCAGUGUACUUUUGGAUAACUCAGCUGAUCUCGAACACCAAAACGAGAAUGGCCAUACACCGCUCAUGGAGGCUGCCAGUGGCGGCCAUAUCGGAGUCGCAAAAUUGUUGCUGGACAAAGGGGCUGGUAUAAACACCCACUCGAGCGAUUUCAAGGAAAGCGCCUUAACGCUAGCCGCGUAUAAAGGUCAUGUGGACAUGGUUCGAUUUCUGCUUGAGCGGGGAGCUGAUCAGGAGCACAAGACUGACGAAAUGCACACAGCUUUAAUGGAAGCAUCGAUGGACGGUCAUGUGGAAGUUGCAAAGUUACUCUUGGAGCAUGGUGCACAGGUAAACAUGCCAGCUGACAGCUUCGAAUCACCGUUGACUCUUGCUGCUUGCGGUAGUCAUGUCGACCUAGCGCAUUUGUUGAUUCAACAUGGAGCAAAUCUCGAAGAAGUCAAUGAUGAAGGGUACACCCCACUGAUGGAAGCUGCAAGAGAGGGAUACUUGCCAAUGGUUGCUCUGCUUCUCGAGCAUGCUUGCAACAUUAAUGCACAAACAGAAGAGACUCAAGAAACUGCCUUGACACUUGCUUGUUGUGGAGGCUUCAAGGAAGUUGUGUCAUUUCUACUCGAAGCAGGUGCCGAUAUUGAGCUUGGUGCCUCUACUCCUUUGAUGGAAGCAGCGACAGAAGGACAUGUUGAUCUGGUCAAAUUUCUCUUAGAAAAAGGUGCGAAAGUUGAUGCUGCCACUGCCACUGGAGACACUGCUUUGACCUAUGCCUGCGAGAACGGGCACACCGGUGUUGCUGAAGUCCUGUUGGACUAUGGAGCUGAACUGGAACACGAAUCCGAAGGUGGGAGGACCCCACUGAUGAAAGCAGCUAGAGCUGGCUACAAAGAAACUGUCGAGUUUUUGAUCAGAAAAGGCGCUAACGUGAAUGGAGUUACGUCAGCUAAGGACCACAGCGUCCUUUCAUUAGCAUGUGCUGGCGGCCACACUGAGGUUGUUCAGUUGCUGCUUGCCUAUGGAGCUGACCCUUGCCAAAAAUUGAAGGACAAUUCCAGCAUGCUAAUUGAAGCUGCAAAGGGCGGCCACACUGGUGUUGCUUUGCUCCUUAUGGAAACGCCUUUGCGAUUAAAUCUGAUAGAUAGCCCAUUACAAUCCGGCUUCAAUACCCCUGUUGGCUCUCCUAACGAAAGCACUUUAUCCAUGCAUCAAUUACCAUCAUGUCAACAUCAAAAGCAUCAGCAGCGAUUACAGUAUCAAGAGUGUGGCCACGACUGCAAGCAUCUACCCCCGGUCAAAGACUGCUUCCCUCAUACGUGCAACCUAGGUGCUAAUUGCGCCAUGAUGAGUCCUCCACCCUCAGUUGUACAGCCAAGCUCGAUUAAUAACCACCCUUUUGCUGGUAUCCCAACGUCCUUUGCGGGCCAACAAUUCGUCGGCAUGGAUGCCUCUGUGGGCAGUGUCUCUUCUGGCUCUGAAUUCAUUGUGCCUAACAUUCCUGUUUCCUUGCCUUCAUCACCCUUACCGCUUACCAAUUUAACACCGGCUGAUCUGCAAUCCUUAGCGCAAGCACUCUCCUUUUCUGCAUCAGUCAGCUCUUUAAACAAUGCUGAUGCGGUCGUUUCCACCUCGGCAACUGUAGCUGAAAACCUCGGCAUAGCAGCGACUGUCAACUUCCCAGUGAUCGACCCUAGUGUGGCCAGCAUGCUGUCAUCGUCUGAAAUCCCUAUCGGUUUAACGCAACAUCUAUCAUCUGCAAUGCCGAAUAACGCUGGUGCAACUACGUCUGGCCGCCCUGUGACCUCAACGGGUGUCCAAACUGAGGAUGCUAUUUCGAUGAUCCACAGGUUGACCGACAGUGUUCAGCAUCUAAGUGCCUUGCAAAACUUCGCAGCGUCGCACAAUUUAGAACUUGUGAACCUUGGAGAAAUCGCAAUUCCUUCCUCACCAUUUCAGACAAAUGUUGGUCAAGAAGACGGUGUGUUAGUAGCGGAGCCAGCAAGGCCAUUACAUGACACGCUGGCAACAAUGACAAGAGAAGACCCAGUUGGCGAAUGCAGUCCACCACCUCAAGUGCAGGCGCUGUCUCACUCGCCCGUUUCACCCCCGUUACCUCCACCUGUUUUCUUGAACCAGCAGACAGAAAGUAACCAUGAUACAGCGCUUACAAUUGCAUGUGCAGGGGGUCAUGACGAUUUAGUCCAGCUUUUGAUCGCUAAAGGCAGUGACAUUGAACACCGAGACAAGAAAGGCUGUACUCCGCUGAUAUUAGCCGCCACUGCAGGUCAUGCAAGCACGUGUCGAAUCCUACUUGACAGUGGAAGUGACAUUGAAGCCCAAUCUGAUCGAACAAAGGAUACUGCUUUGUCGUUAGCCUGCUCAAGCGGCCGCCAGGAAGUUGUUGACCUUCUCCUCGAACGGGAAGCCAUUUACGAGCACCGAAACGUUUCUGACUACACCCCACUCAGCCUUGCUGCGUCCGGAGGUUAUGUUGGCAUCAUCAAAGUUUUGUUGCAAAAAGGUGCCGAAAUCAACUCAAGAACCGGAAGUAAACUUGGGAUUUCUCCACUGAUGCUUGCUGCGAUGAACGGUCACGUGGCAGCCGUCAAGCUUCUUCUCGAUAUGGGCAGUGAUGUCAAUGCACAGAUCGAAACGAAUCGCAACACCGCGCUGACAUUGGCGUGUUUUCAAGGAAGACAUGAAGUAGUGGCACUUUUACUCGAUCGCAAUGCCAACGUAGAGCAUCGGGCAAAGACUGGUUUAACGCCGCUAAUGGAAGCUGCAUCGGGUGGCUAUGUCGAGGUUGGCUCUGUGUUGAUCGGGCGUGGAGCAGACAUAAAUGCACCGCCUGUGCCAUCGUCACGUGACACCGCGCUAACCAUCGCAGCUGACAAGGGGCAUUACAAGUUUGUUGAACUUCUGUUGGUGAAUAGAGCAUUUGUUGAUGUGAAAAGUAAGAAGGGUUGUUCACCUCCGUGGCUAGCUGCAAAUGGUGGCCAUUUGGAGGUGUUGCAGCUACUCGCCAAGAAAGGUGCAGAUUUGGACAGUCAGGACAACCGUGGCAUUUCCUGCUUAAUGGCAGCGUUUCGGAAGGGUCAUGUCAAGGUCGUUAAAUGGCUUGUUAAACACGCAAAGCAGUUCCCAGCCGAUUCGGAUUGUAAGAGAUUUAUGCAGACUGUUUCUGACAAGGACUUGUUGAAGAAAUUACAAGAAUGUAUGGACAUUAUUAUAAGCGCUAAGGACAGGCAAGCUGCGGAGGCGAAUAAGUACGCCUCGAUAUUGUUGGAAGAAAUCGACCAUGAAAAGGAACGAGAGGAGAGGCGGAAAGUAGCAUUGGCGAAAAAGAGAGACAAGAAGAAAAUGAAGAAGAGAAAGAAAGCAGGGUUGGAAGAUCAGGGCAAUGAUCAUGUGAACAUUGAUGAAAACCACGAUUUGAUUAAUGAUGAAUUCAGAGAAGAUAUAGCGAAAGAGGAAAAGGAGACAAUCGAGCAAAAUGAGGAAAAACCAGCAAGAGAAGAAGUUAAGUCUAAAGACAGUCCUAAGAAAGAGAAGUUGGGACGAUCAAGAGUCAAGGAAUCGCAAAACGAGAACCAAAAACUUACAUCGCAAGAUUAUUUGAAUUCCGUUGUUAUUACCUCGGCUAUAUCUGCUGUUACCAGCACUAGGCCUCUUGAAACCCUGAUUGCGUCAACAGUGGCUGAAAUCACCAAGGCUGUCGCAACAUCUAUCAUGUCCAGUUUCAAAGCUACCAGGCCGGCAGAUUCUCGCUCCAUUAGUUCAGAGGUGGCUGCUACGAUGGCGACCGCUGCGGCCCAGUGUGCUAUUGUCUCCUUCUCCACCACUGGGGGGAGCUUUAGCUCUGGAAAUACAAGUCCUAAAAAGAAUAAACGGAUAGAGGAUGGAUGGAAGGAAGUUACAAGAAGGUCGAAGAAGAUUCAAAUUCCAGCGUCAUUGAUUAGCCGAGUGAUUGGCAGAGGGGGUUGCAAUGUGAACUCUAUUCGAGAGUCUACUGGAGCGCAUAUUGACAUCGACACAAACAGAAAAAAGCCAAAUGGUGAUUGCAUGGUCACAAUCAAGGGUUCUCAAUUGGCAACCAAGCAAGCUUACAACUAUAUAGACGCACUCAUCAAAAACCCAGAAAGAGACGUCAGUGAGAUACUUCCAGCCAGGACGAGAAAAUUUGAAACAUCUUCGAUUAAUCACAUCCAAAAGCUAUCUCCUCCAGCUUGCACCUUGAACUCGACCCCAACAAAAAACACAGCCUCAGUUACACCACUGAAGUCAUCUCCCCUGUCCACGAGCUACCAGCAGUCAACAAAAGCGUCUACCGGUCCUGUUGUUACUUCCACAAUUACAGUGAAAUCGAUCAACAGAAGCGCAACCCAGAGUAUGCAUAAACUGCCGCCAAGAAUGGCAAUGGCGAUCAUGACAACGGCGAGUACCACAAAAACAGAAUCACCCGGAUGGGCGGCCGUUUCCGCCAUACCGUCGUCCCCACCUCAAAAUAUACCCUGCAAGAGAAACCUCAAUCUCCAAUCAACUGCCUCAGAAUUCAAACCACCAACACCCGGUAAAACAACAAGCAUCGCUAAGCCAUCGAAUGUUACGUCAUCGAAAACUCUUCCUAGACCAAUCGGCAGUAACCGUCCUCCUAAAACUAUCGUUACCAAGGAAACAACCCAAACAACCCAAAGCACGAAAACAACCCCGAGUCCAAGCACCCAGCGAGUCACACAUGCAAGCAGUAACCACUCUUUGUCGUCGCAACCGAGCUCUUCGUUAAACAGCUUUUUCUCCCAAGUCGCCACACAGGUACGAAGCCCAAUGAUUUGGAACGAGCCGGAUUUGAAUAAUGAUUUAGAUGACGUCAUCACAACUACUGGGAUGUCACAAGGCUCUUUGCCAGUUGCAAUCAAGUCCCAGCCCGUGAAAAGUACCCAGUCGACAAUUAUUUCGCAGAGUCUCGCUUCAACAACAGCCAUCGCACAAGCAACCUCGCCGACGCCUUCCUUGUCACCAUCCCCCUCAGACUCUGCAUCCCCUUCGCCAGGUUCUACGAAUGAAGACAGACCGCAUCUCAAUCCUAUUGGCACAGAGCGAGCUCAUAAGCGUGGUGCACCAAGUACUAUUCCGAGUCUACACAGAGUCUCUGCCUUUCAGCAAGACGCUGACACUAACAACGUUUGGGGUUUUGGCUUCAAAAGUCCAGUUCCCUCGUCCGGUGGAUGGUCGGUACCUGUUUCUCAGCAUAACUCUGAUUGGUCAAAAUCGAACAGCGUAACUGGGGGAAGCAACCAAUCAUCGCCAACAAAUGAAGCUGAAGAUGACGUCAUUGAUAUUGGACAAAAUGACAAUCUACAGUCAGUCUUAGAAAGACUAGCUCUUUCGGAUUUUCUGUCGAACUUUCAGAAAAAUGAAAUCGAUUUGGAAGCGUUGAUGAUAAUGAGUGAGCAGGAUUACGCCGACAUCGGAUUGCCUUUGGACGCACGUAAGAAGCUGAUGAAAAGUACACAGAAGUUUAUCAACCGAAAUAUGAAUGAGGCAAACAAGACGAAAGCAGGUUUAAACCCAGUCGUUGCACCAAUGAGCAACGCGUUUGUGUCGUCAAAUAACGUUGAAAUCGUACAUUCACAUCCCCCACAUCUCUGGCACGCACCACCCCUGAUGACAAAUGGCAUGGUACCGAACAGACAUACGAAAGGCAUGGUUCACAUUGGCCCAGCGCACAACGUUGAAUUCCCGAUGCAUCCGCCCCAAAUGAUGCAAGCUCCACCAUGGCGCCCUUGGAGUAGGACAGACCAAUAACUAUAAGGUCAAGAAGAAUGAAAGUUAAUCGCUUUGUUUGCUUUGUUGGAAUGAACUUUGAUCGAUUGAAAAUGUUUCUCGUUUUUUUCGAAAAUUUAUGAUAAGUUAAAAAAUUAA